CACCCGCGCCGGAAGCCGGACAGGUCGUGUGUGCUGUGCCACCGGAGGAAGAUCCGGUGCGAUAGGCAGACGCCGUGCUUGGCAUGCGUGAGGGCUCGUCUCACGUGCACAUAUCCGGUCUCUGACAAGCCCAUUCGUCGAGUGCGCAAGGCUACCAUAGCUGAUGUCGCGUCGAGGAUCUCGGACCUUGAGAAGACCAUCGUAGCGGCUUCCAUCGAUCAUGCAAACAAUCCGGCACGAAGAUCGCUGGAACCACAGGAACUCCCCUCGGAGGAGGUUUUAAUCAGGAACGGCACCUCAAGCCAAUACUUCAACGAACUUCUCAUCUCCAAGGUGAUUGAAGAGGAUCAAGACAAGUCCUCGCUGCUACAUACACCGCACAACGACAGCAAGGAGCUGGGACUUGACUCACCGUUCAGCCUCAUAGGCUUGCUAUCCAGUCCACCCGUCUUCGAGGAAAAGGAGAAGGGCUGGCGACUGUCCCGACUGAGCGCCACUCAGUUGUGGCAUCUCUUUGUCCAAAAUGUCGAUGCAACCAUGAAGCUGCUGCAUAUCCCAACAGAUGAAGUGACUAUUUUCACCGCCAUCCACCAGCCGGAGUCUGUAGCAAGCGACGUUCUCGCCCUCGUCUCGGCUAUGUAUUUUGCUACCACUGUGACACUGGAGUUGGAUGAGGCUCAGCAUGUUCUCGGUGUGGACAAGUCGACUGCUUUGCGGACGUUUAAGAGGGAUUUCCAGAUGCAUCUGUCAAGGGCAGAUAUGCUGGAGAACCCAACUGUCGUGCUGCUGCAAGGGCUUGCCAUAUACUUGGCAUCGGCGCGAGCUUACUAUCAUGGCAGGGGCAUCUGGAUCCUCAAUGGGCUUGCUGUGAGGAUGGCACAUUCUAUCGGUCUCCAUCGCGACGGAACCAAGCUAGGAAUGUCUCCCUUUGAGUCUGAAGUUCGACGGCGACUGUGGUGGCACUUUCUCGCGAGGGAUUCAAGGGCCGCAGAGGAUCACGGCAUCAGCUCAUGGUCGACGGUCCCCAGUUACGAUACGAAACUGCCGCUGAAUGUGGACGAUAGCGAGCUUCGUCCGGAUAUGAGAGAGCUCCCGCCACCUCAUAAUGGAUGGACCAAAAUGAGCCUUCCACUGACAUGCAUGGAAGUCGCGCAGACGCUGCAGCAUAUGGCCAACCUCUCCAUGACUCCUUCUGGAUCGACUCCUAAAGAAGUCAUCAGGAGUAAUAUGCUCAACCAGUUGAGGUCACGCGUGGAGCAAUACAUAAAGCCGUGCAACCCUGUGAUCCCAGUACAGAGGAUGACCAUGAAGACAGCGCUCGCCAUGGUGCACAAGAUCGACUUCGUCACAAGGCAGCAGCUCGCCAAUAUGGAGAAUCCGGACAAGCGCAACGCAUUUGCUACGGAAGCAAACCUCCUCUCUGCCCUGAGAUGUCUGGAGAUACACCUCGAGCUAUGGAGUGACGAGCUUCUUCGUCCUUAUCGAUGGUGCAUGUAUGGCCACCCUCAGUACCACAUGCUGCUAUACGUUCUCUGGCAUCUUUGCGUCUGUCCCACAGGCCCCAGCGUUGACCGAGCUUGGGUCAUAGUCGCAAAAACAUUCGAGCUGGAGCAGGUGAGGCUUUCCACAGCCGUUUCUGGCCCGGCACUGAAGUCUGUCAUCUUGAAGAGAUUGCAUAAGAAGGCCGAAUUGAUACGGCAGUCGGUGGUGAAU